UUGCCUGUUUUCUUAGUUGCACUAGAUAUUUAAUAUUUCUGUUUUAUUCCCUGUGUUUCCUUGAAGGUAUAUUGAAUUUUUAGUGAGUCCUAGUGAACUAUUCCUCAGUAGUUUAAGUGCUCACAGGCUAUGAGAGAGAGAGAGAGAAGCUAGAAUCAUUGUGUAUGGAAUGAAAAUCAGGAAUUAAUGGGUGAUGAUGAUAAAUUAGAUUAUCAAAAAAACACUGUAUUGGGAGCUGAACUAACUUUCUCAUAGUUUUCCAUUCCUGGGUCAAUGAUUCUUUAAAAAUAUGAAGAUUAGAGCUGGUCAUGUUACUCAGUGAUAGAAUACCUGCCUACCAAACACAAGGCCUUGAAAUGGGUCCCCAGCACUGCAAUAUUUGUGUAUUAUAUGAUGCAUAUAUGUGUGUGAUUACUAUACACAAUGUUUACAUUUAUAUGGCAAUUUUAUAUUAACUCCAGUCUCUUCCUCCUUUAAAAAUAGAAGACUUGCUUUAUAUUUAAAUCUGUAUGAAUUGUGAAGCACGUUUCUUGGUUCUUUCUCACUUGGUCUUAAUGUUUUUCCCUCAGUUUGGCAGGAAAAUUAUUCAGUUUCCUUAAUUAGCAUGCCAAUACCUAUUUUAAAAAGGAAAUUUUAGUUGGGUGUGGUGGCCCACACUUUUAAUCCCAGCACCAGGGAGGCAGAGGCAGGCAGAUUUCUGUGAGUUUGAGGCCAGACAGGAGUACAAAGUAAGAUAUUGUCUCAACCAAACAUAAGCCGAUAUUUUAGAAAUACAUGUUUUUUUUAUGUUAGUAAUCAAACCCAGGACCUUGUACAUGACAGGCAAGCACUCUAACACUAAGCUUGGGAUGGGCAAGGAAAAGUAUCUUGGGAUUCUUGGGAUGUAUCCCAAGCACAUGUGCUCUAUAUUGAACUCAGGGCCUCAUUUUGCAUGCACUUUGGCACUGAGUAACAUCUCCAUCCCAGAGAUGUAUAUUCCUUACAGAAUUUCAGAAUGAUGUAGCAUCUCUGCUUAGCUGAAAUUGACAACAGCUUCUAUAAAGUAGCUUUGUGCUACUUGAGGGACUACUCACACUAUACUAAGUUGGAAAGUAAUAGCAAACAGCUUUUUCUUCCCUGAUACUAUUUUCUCAUAUCCAGACACCUAUUACCUAGAUGCCUUUUUACCUUGAAAAAUAAUUUUGUCUUCAAUAUAACUUUGCUUAAAGAACAGAUAGAAGGGAUUCAGAAAACAUCACACAAUUCCUCUCCUCUUAAAAGUUUCCUGUCUGGUGAAGAUGCCAAAAAUGUUCUCAUUCACAGACUCUCUCACAGUUUUCCUUCUCCAUUCCUCCUCUCUGUUGGUUUUUAGUAUGUUGAUCACAUAUCAUAUAUUUAAUAACAAUGAGCCUGCUACAUACUAGUUGAAACUUGUAUUAGGUAGCUUCACAUUUCCUAUGGUUCUUGGGAUUCUUUAUUCUAUCUAAGAGCAUCUGACAAGAGAAACAUUGAGACAGUGUAUUGCAGUGUGCUUGUUAGUAUGGUGUAGGUCUCAAUUUCUAUUUCUGAGCUUGAAGAAGAGAGCAUGAAAGGAAAAGAAUUGUGACUAUAAAAACAAGAGUUUAUUUUUACCAGUUUCAGUUGUGAUUUUAAAAAACACAUUCUAAAACUACAUUUAGGCAAGGUGAACUUCUUUCAGUGACUUGAGGUCUGCAAUGUCUCUCACAUACAAGCUUUUUUCCUGGUUCACUCUUCUCAUGUUUCCUGGAAAGGCCUUUGCUAACUCCAAAACUAGGCUGGAGAUCUCCUCAUCCUCCUUGGCAUCUCCCAGUGUAGUACUUAUUUAAUGCACUGUUAAGUCCCCAUUUGCUUUUAAAAACAUGUCCAUAAGCUCUUCGGCUUUGUGAUUGUGUCUAUAUAAUUCACAUUAAAUCUUCAAACAGGCAUAUUGUCUGAAACUCAAUCAUGUGAUUAUUUAACGAAUCAGUUAAGUUAAAAAUAUUAAAACUGUUAGGUCAAUUAGGCUCCAUUGGAUGGCCCCACACACCGAAGUUCAUGGACAACACAAAUUGGAGUGAGCCUGUGGGCUCUUAAAUAAAAAAAAUAAAAUAAAAUAAAAAAAAAAGAGGACAUGAAGUUGGGUGGAUAAUGAGGUGGGGGGAUCUGAGAGGAGCUGGGGGGGCGUUGGAGUAAAUAAUAUUAAAAUACAUUGUAUGAAAUUGUCAAUGAAAUAAUAAAAUGUCUAUUAUUAAAACUGGCAAACUUCAAGAAUUAUAAACAUGGCUGAUAUUUUUGUGUAACUGUUAAACUGAACCUUUGGAGAACAGUAACUCCAUUAAGCUUGAGACAAUACUGGUGGAGUUAAGGUUAGAGUAUGGCUUCCCAAGAAAGAUAACUUGAAGCCACACCCUUCAAUAUAUGUGAGUCCAGCUAUAUGAAAACAAUACAAGCCCCUUUGUCUCUUGAGAAAAGGAUUUCAGGAGACGAAAAACAAACUUGGGUUUGCCUGAAAGUGUGCAGUAAACUGCUAGGCCUCUAGGUGUCGCUGUUGACCACUCAAGAAGAAAAGCCGCAGCCGAAAGCUAGUCCACCAUUUCUGAGCUGCUAAAACGCAAAGCAGAAAGACUGAGAAGACUGAAGGGUUGGUUACUAAGCUCACCUAAUCUACCAGCUCUGUGAUUUCCAUGGAAGACUUAAUUCCUUGAGGGUAUAAGACUGAAGCCCACCUUGGGAAACUGGAAUAGAAUUCAGGAAAACAAUUCAAAAAGAAAAUGACCAACCGCCUGAGAUUCCGAACCGCCAGGGGACCGGCUCUGCUGUGCGCACUCCUGGGGACAGUGUGUGAGAUCGGAUUUGGGCUGAUCCACUACUCAGUGCCGGAAGAGCUGGAGAAAGGCUCCUUCGUGGGCAGCAUCGCCAAGGACCUGGGACUGGAGCCACAGGAGCUGGCGGAGCGCAAAGUCCGCAUCGUCUCCAGAGGUAGGUCGCAGCUUUUCUCCCUGAACCCGCGGAGCGGCAGCCUGGUCACCGCCGGCAGGAUAGACCGCGAGGAGCUCUGCGCUCAGAGUGCACAGUGUGCUGUGAACUUUAAUGUCCUGGUUGAGGACAAGUUGAAAAUAUUUGAAGUAGAAGUAGACAUUAGCGAUAUAAAUGAUAAUGCUCCUAGUUUUCCAACAGAGGAAUUGGAGAUAAAGAUUGGUGAACUAACAGUUCCUGGAACUCGAUUUCCACUCAAAACUGCAUUUGACCCAGAUGUAGGCAUGAACUCAUUACAGAACUACAACCUCAGUCCCAGUGACUACUUCUCCUUAGCUGUGAACAGUGUCUCUGAUGAUGCCAAGUACCCAGAGCUGGUGGUGGAACGAGCCCUGGAUCGUGAGAAAAAGGAGGUUCAUCAGCUUGAUCUCACUGCCUCUGAUGGUGGAGACCCUGUUCAUUCUGGCAAGUUGUGCAUCCAAGUGAUAGUUUUGGAUGCAAAUGACAAUCCACCAGUGUUUACUCAGUCAGAGUACCAUGUCAAUGUUCUGGAAAAUGUGCCAGUGGGCACCAAGCUGAUCACAGUGAAUGCCACUGAUCCUGAUGAGGGAUUCAACGCUCAAGUGUCUUAUAUUCUAGAUAAAAUGCCUGGGAAAAUUGCUCAGGUUUUCCAUCUCAAUUCGGUGACUGGAGAAAUAUCAAUAUCAAAAAGCCUAGAUUAUGAGGAUGCUGUGUUCUAUGAAAUUAAAAUUGAAGCACAAGAUGGACCAGGUCUGUUUUCAAGAGCCAAGAUUCUAAUCACAGUCCUGGAUGUGAAUGACAAUACUCCAGAAGUUACAAUCACUUCCCUCACAAGCUCAGUCCCAGAAGAGGCUACAGCUGGAAGAGAAAUUGCUCUUAUCAAUGUGCAUGACCGAGAUUCUGGCCAGAAUGGGCAAGUCACAGUUUUUGUCCUGGGAAAUCUGCCAUUUAGCUUAGAAAAAUCAAUAGGCCAAUACUACCGCUUAGUGACAGCCAAAUCUCUGGAUCGUGAACAGGUAUCUCAAUAUAAUAUCAGUCUAAGAGCCACAGAUGGGGGAAGUCCGCCGCUAUCCACAGAAACUCACAUCACUCUGGAUGUGGCAGACAUUAAUGACAACCCUCCCACCUUCACUCAUGCCUCCUAUUCUGCCUACAUUCCAGAAAACAACCCUAGGGGAGCCUCUAUCUUUACUGUUAUGGCUCAGGACCCAGACACUGACAACAAUGCACACGUUACUUAUUCAUUGAUUGAGGACACACUGCAGGGAGUGUCACUGUCAUCCUAUAUCUCUAUCAACUCCAAUACUGGUGUCCUGUAUGCGCUUUGCUCCUUUGAUUAUGAGCAGUUUAGAGACCUGCAGGUGCAGGUGACAGCCAGUGACAGUGGGGACCCUCCACUCAGCAGCAAUGUGUCACUGAACCUGUUUGUGCUGGACCAGAAUGACAACAUGCCUGAAAUCCUGUACCCCACCCUUCCUACAGAUGGUUCCACAGGUGUUGAGCUUGCACCCCGCUCUGCAGAUCCUGGAUACCUGGUGACCAAGGUGGUGGCAGUGGACAGGGACUCAGGACAGAACGCCUGGUUGUCCUACCGCCUGCUCAAGGCUAGUGAGCCUGGACUUUUCUCAGUGGGGCUGCACACAGGCGAAGUGCACACUGUGCGGGCCCUGCUUGACAGAGAUGCCCUCAAACAGAGUAUAGUGGUGGCUGUGCAGGACCAUGGCCAACCUCCUCUCUCUGCCACAGUCACACUCACCAUAGCAGUGGCUGACAGCAUUCCUGAUAUCCUGGGGGACCUGGGCAGCAUCCAUACCCCUGUGGACCCCAAAGAUUCAAAUCUCACACUCUAUCUGGUGGUGGCAGUAGCUGCGGUCUCCUGCAUCUUCCUGGCUUUUGUCAUUGUGCUGCUGGUGCUCAGGUUGCAGCGCUGGCACUCAUCACGCCUGCUCCAGGCUGCAGGAAAUGGAUUAGCAGGCAUGCCAGCCUCUCACUUUGUAGGCCUGGAUGGGGUGCAAGCGUUCCUGCAGACAUAUUCUCACGAGGUUUCCCUCACCACUGGCUCUGGCUCUCGGAAGAGUCACCUGAUCUUCCCACAGCCCAACUAUGUGGACACACUUAUCAGCCAGGAGAGCUGUGGGAAAAGUGAGCCUUUAUUGGUAUCUCAAGAUUUACUCGAAACAAAAGAAGACCCCAAACUGCUUGAGGUCAAAAGAAGAGAGCGACCAUUUCCGAGAUGCUAUUGGGGAACUUCCUGCUCAAACCAACCACAGUGAAGAAGCCAGGACACACGCAGAUAGAGUGAACAGCAGCGAGAAAAGUGACCCCACCUGGAUUCUGCCAUCCACGGAGGACUGACUCCUUCUGGCAAACGGGCUUAGCACUGCGGAGCGAAAAGAGAGGAUGAGGCGGGGCUCGCGAAGC